UUUUUUUUUUUCUGUCUUUUAUGACAAACAAUCAGACAAACAUCACCGUUCUUUAUUAAAUCCAUCCAUCUCCGAAAAUUUGAAAACAGAGACAAAUAUAUAUAUAUAUAUAUAUAUAUAUAAUAAUUAAAAAAAUGCAGGCAAAAAGGCCAUAAAUGAAAAUUUGAAAAGAAAAUUAAAAAGAAAAUACUAAAAUUAUAAUAGCGAAGCUCUUGGACUCGGUGGGUGGGAGGUGCGAAAUCGAGGGCUUUCCUCUACUCUCAGACUCUCUCUCUUUCUGUCAAACACACACAUUUCUUUCCCUCUUUUCUCUCUGUUGGAUUUUCUUUCUGAAAUUCCAUCGAUCUGUAAGUUAUUUUUAUUUAUUUAUUUCAAUAUACAGUUUUCUCAUUUUUAACGCAAUGCGUUGAAUGCAAGCAAAAGAAAAAAGAAAAUCUGCGAUCUUGUUUUUGCUUGAUUUGUCACUGUAGAAUUUGCAGGGUAGCUCAGGAACCCUAGAUCUCAUUCAUUUCGGGGUUGUAUUAUCUUCUUGUUAGGCUUGAAUUUUUUUAAAUUGGUGAUUCUGAGAUUGGUUUUUGCGUGUUUGGCUCUGGAUCUCGGGUUUUUCGUCGUGUUCGAGCUCCAAUUUCGAGGCUUUUUUGGACUCUGAGGGGUGAAUUGCCUGUGGGAUUUGGUCGAUGGCUUCAAAUCCUCCAUUUCAGGUGGAGGAUCAGACCGACGAGGAUUUCUUUGAUAAAUUGGUUGAAGAUGACCUGGGGCCCGCCGAAUCAGGCCCCAAAUGCAACGAAGGAAACGAUUCCGAUGACGCUAAGGCAUUCACCAAUCUGAGUAGUGGUGAUUCUGUAGCAGCUGUAUCUGAGGAUUCUGGUGCCAAUGCCAAAGCCAAAGACGACGAAAAUAAGGCGUUCGCCAAUCUGACUAUUGGUGAUUCUGCAGCUGUAUCUGAGGAUUUGGGUGCCAGAACCAAAACAAAAGAUGAAAUAGGUCCUGAUGAGUCGAAUUCAUUCGGGUUCCGUAAUGUAAUAGAGUCGAAGAAUUCGGUUAUUGAUGACGGAGUGAUUCAGUCCAAUAAUGAUGGGGCGGGAUCUCAAUUGACGUCAGAUUCCAGAAUGAGCAAGAGCAACGAUUCUGGAGCUUCAGGGGUGAAGGAGAUAGGGUGGGGUUCGUUUCAUGCUGAUUCUGCAGAAAAUGGGAUUCAUGGGUUUGGAUCGUACUCAGAUUUUUUCAAUGAAUUGGGAGAUAGUUCUGGGGAUUUCCCCCCGAAAGUAGACGGAAAUUUGAGUACUAAAUCAAAAACUGCACCCAGUAAUGAAGAUCAUACAGCACAAGGUUUGAACCAUUCGGUUAAUAACGAGCAAUAUCAAGAGGGCCAAGCUUAUGGAGCAACUGUGGAGGAAAGUAGAAAUGAGCAGGAUCUAAAUAGUACGGAGUAUUGGGAAAGUCUUUAUCCAGGGUGGAAGUAUGACCCUAACACGGGGCAAUGGUAUCAAGUGGACAGUUUCGAUGUGCCUGCAAAUGCUGAAGGGAGCUUCGGCACUGAUUCAGCCAGUGAUUGGGCCACUGUUUCUGAUAGCAAAACUGAGGUUUCUUAUUUGCAGCAAACGGCUCAUUCCGUUGCGGGAACUGUGACUGAAACUAGCACGACUGGUAGUUUGUCAAACUGGGAUCAGGUCUCACAAGUGACUAAUGGGUACCCAGCACAUAUGGUUUUCAAUCCUGAAUACCCGGGUUGGUACUAUGAUACAAUUGCGCAAGAAUGGCGCUCAUUGGAGGGGUAUAAUUCCUCUCUGCAACCGACUGCUCAAGCCCAGAAUGAUACUAGUUUAUAUGGUGAGUACAGGCAAGAUAGCAAUUAUGGGUCGCUAGGGGUUGGUAGCCAAGUUCAAGACAGCAGCUGGGCUGGGUCUUAUAGUAAUUACAAUCAACAGGGUUCAAAUAUGUGGCAAGCUCAGACUGGAACUAACAAUGAGGCUUUUUCAAGUUUUGGUGGAAACCAGCAGAUGAGUAAUUCGUUUGGUUCAACAGUCAACAAGGACCAGCAGAAGUCAUUAAAUUCUUUCGGAGCAGUUCCUUUGUACAACAAAGCGAGUCAAGGUCAUGGUGAGGCUAAUGGGACUGUCGGGUUCCAAAGUUUCCUCCCAGGUGGUAACUUUAGCCAGCAGUUUAAUCAAGGAAAUGCAAAGCUGAUCGAACAAACACAAUUCUCAGAUGAUUACUAUGGCAAUCAGAAACCUUUAAAUUAUUCCCAGCAACCUUUCCAGAGUGGCAAUCAGUUUUCGUAUGCUCCCAGCGUAGGAAGAUCAUCUGCUGGGCGUCCUCCACAUGCCCUAGUAACUUUCGGAUUUGGUGGGAAACUCAUUGUAAUGAAGGACAAUAGUAGUCUCACGAAUUUGUCAUAUGGAAGUCAGGAUCCUGUAGGAGGCUCAGUUUCUGUCCUGAACUUGAUAGAAGUUUUUACGGAAAAGACUGAUGCUUCAAGUUUUGGAAUGAGUACUUGUGAUUAUUUUCGUGCUUUGUGCCAACAAUCCUUCCCAGGUCCCUUGGUUGGAGGGAGUGUUGGAAGCAAAGAGUUGAACAAAUGGAUGGAUGAGAGGAUUGCUAACUGUGAAUCAUCAGAGAUGGACUACAGGAAAGGCAAAGUAUUGAGGUUGCUUCUUUCUUUGCUUAAGAUAGCUUGUCAACAUUAUGGAAAACUUCGAUCUCCUUUUGGAACCGACAAUGUAUCGAGGGAAAGCGACACUCCAGAAUCAGCAGUUGCUAAACUUUUUGCAUCCGCAAAGAGCAAUGGUGUACAAUUCAGUGAAUAUGGUGCUUUUAGUCACUGUGUGCAGAAAAUGCCUUCAGAAGGACAAAUGCAGGCAACUGCUUCUGAGGUACAAAAUCUUCUGGUUUCUGGUAGAAAGAAAGAGGCUUUACAAUGUGCACAAGAAGGUCAGUUGUGGGGACCUGCGCUUGUUAUUGCUUCACAGCUUGGGGAACAGUUUUAUGUUGAUACUGUGAAGCAAAUGGCACUUCGUCAGCUGGUUGCAGGAUCACCCUUGCGGACAUUAUGCCUGCUCAUUGCCGGGCAACCUGCUGAAGUGUUCUCUGCUGACACUACAUCUGAGAUCAAUCGACCCGGUGCUGUUAAUACCCCUCAACAACCUGCACAAUUUGGUGCAAAUAAAAUGCUUGAUGACUGGGAGGAGAAUCUGGCUGUGAUAACUGCAAACAGAACAAAAGAUGAUGAACUCGUAAUUAUUCAUCUUGGAGAUUGCUUAUGGAAGGAUAGGAGUGAGAUUACUGCAGCACACAUCUGCUAUUUAGUGGCAGAAGCAAAUUUUGAGUCAUACUCCGAUAGCGCAAGACUAUGUCUAAUUGGAGCAGAUCACUGGAAAUCGCCUCGAACUUAUGCUAGUCCGGAGGCCAUUCAGAGGACUGAACUAUAUGAAUAUUCAAGGGUGCUUGGAAACUCUCAGUUUAUCCUUCUACCAUUUCAGCCAUAUAAGCUCAUAUAUGCGCACAUGCUUGCCGAAGUUGGAAGAGUUUCUGACUCGUUGAAGUACUGUCAAACAAUACUAAAGUCUUUGAAAACCGGAAGAGCACCAGAAGUGGAAACGUGGAAGCAGCUAGUAUUAUCUCUUGAGGAGAGGAUUAAAACCCAUCAGCAGGGUGGAUACUCUGUAAAUUUGGUUUCUACAAAGUUUGUAGGUAAAUUGCUCAACUUGUUUGAUAGUACUGCACAUCGUGUUGUUGGGGGCCUACCACCACCUGCACCAUCCACAUACCAAGGAAGUACUCAAGGUAAUGACCAUUACCAGCAGCCAAUGGGCCCCAGAGUAUCUGCUAGUCAAUCAACAAUGGCCAUGUCGUCGUUAAUUCCUUCUGCUUCAAUGGAACCCAUAAGUGAGUGGGCAGCUGAUGGCAAUAGAAAGCCAAUGCAUAAUAGAAGUGUUUCAGAGCCAGACUUUGGUAGAACUCCAAGACAGGUUGAUUCAUCAAAGGAAACGGCUUCACCUGAUGCCCAAGGAAAAGCCUCAGGGGGUACUUCUCGCUUUGCUCGUUUUGGUUUCGGGUCACAGCUGUUGCAAAAGACUGUGGGUCUAGUCUUAAGACCUCGUCCAGGCAAACAGGCUAAGUUGGGUGAAACAAAUAAGUUCUACUAUGACGAAAAACUUAAGAGAUGGGUUGAGGAAGGUGUUGAACCCCCAGCUGAAGAAGCUGCCUUGCCUCCUCCUCCGACAACUACGGCCUUCCACAAUGGUGUGUCUGAUUACAACUUGAAAUCUGUUUUGAAGAAAGAAGGGUCUCCCACUAAGGGCAGCCCAGAUUUACAAACUUCAACCCCUCCAGGACCAACUUCAGGAACCCCACCUAUUCCACCCAGCUCAAAUCAAUUCUCAGCUCGUGGACGGUUGGGUAUUCGGUCCAGAUAUGUUGACACAUUCAACCAAGGUGGUGGAAGCCCAGCAAACUUGUUCCAGUCACCUUCUGUUCCAUCAGUUAAGCCUGCUGUGGCUGCCAAUGCAAAGUUUUUCAUUCCCACCUUAGGAUCAUCAAGUGAACAGACUAUGGAGGCUAUAGCUGAAAGUGUGCAAGAAGAUGUUGCAACUAAAGAAGUUCCCUCAACAUCUGCUAGGAAUGACCCAUUCCAGACUCCUCUGCCCCCAUCUUCAACGACCAUGCAAAGGUUCCCGAGCAUGGGUAAUAUUCAUGGCAUGGAAGUUGCUACAAAUGCUAAUGGCUCUGUUCCACCCCACUCACGACGGACGGCCUCUUGGGGUGGAAGCUCCAAUGAUGUAUUUAGCCCUCCUCCCAAAAUGGGGGAAAUAAAACCUCUAGGGGAGGCAUUAGGCAUGUCCCCAGCUAUGUUUAGGCCUAGUGAGCCUUCUAUGAUGCGCGUGCCAAUGAAUGGUGGCAGUUUUGGUGAUGAUCUUCAUGAAGUGGAACUUUGAGCCGAAGUAAUGAAGAUGUAAAUAUCAAGUUUUGCUCCUAGUGAUCAAUACAAUACUUGUGAUGUUCCUGCUCCUGCAUCUCUCAAAAAGUCAAAAUGGUGGGUAUGUAUGUGCCAGAAGUAAGUUCCAUAGAACAAUUAUUUUCGUUUUCAAAAUCCCUACUCCCCACCCUAACAUGUUGUAUGUUCAGAUGUAAUUGGCGCAAUUCCUUUAUUCUCGAGCCAAUAUUUUAUUUUAAUGCCCGGGGAGUUGCCACCAUUUAUGGCUUGGGAGCUGGUUUUUUUUAUUUUUUAUUUUAUUUUUUUUUUUUUUCUGGUUUCCUUUGACAAAAAAGCCUGCAUGGGCGCCAUUGUACAGAUCAUUUUUUCAUUUGUUUAAAAACAGUAAACGUUCCUUGAAGUAGAUAAAAGGGUCUACAGAUCUUCUCAAGGGAAAAAGAUAGUGUAUCGAAUUGAGAGAAAAAUAAGAUGCCUUGUUUUGUUCUUUGGUUUUGUAUUGCUAUUACUUUGUGACAUUGAAUAAAUGUUAAAAAGGCCGGAUUUUACUCUCUUUUCUUUUUUAA